AUCCCGGAGAGUUCGAGUUCAAAUCUAAGGCAGUCUCCUAGUUAUUUUUCGCCUCUUACAAUAAUCAAACGUCAAUGGAUCAACGCGAAAACCGCGAGGAAAUGUCAAGACUCCAGUUGCUGUUCACCAACCGGCAGGAGAACCUGGAGCGUACUUACUAUGAUCUGCUGAACUUACUGAACCGCGACUUCGGCCGGGGUCUACAGUCGGAGCUGUUGGCGCUGUCAUCACUUAACCGACAACGUGACCACGCUAUGGAGCCAAGGAACCUGUUGCAGCAACGCGAGAACAAGAUCUCGUCCGCGCCACCGGUGAACAAGGACGACUUCCAGGUGGUGCUGGACGUGCAGCACUUUGAGCCGCAGGAGAUCGAGGUGAAGGUCGUGGACGAUUGUCUCGUCGUCACUGCCAAGCAUGAGGAGAAGCGAGACGAGCACGGCUGGGUGUCACGCCAAUUUGUCAGGCGGUACCAGCUGCCGGAGGACUCGAACGUGGAGCAACUUACGGUCAGGUUGUCCUCGGACGGUCUUCUGACGAUCGUCGCGCCUAAGAAUCGACCGGAGAAGGAAGAGAGAGAAUGACGGAUGAUCCCAAUCGAAUGCACAUGCAAGCCCUUCGUGAACAAGGAGACCAAAGAGAGCGACGAGGAGAAGACCGAGUGAGAAAUCAGGUCUUUGACAUAAUCAAACUACUCUAUAUUUGUCUACCAAACUACUAUUGUAUUUCUCUGAGUGUUCAUUAGCCUGUGAUAAGCGAUUAAAUUAGAUGGCAAUGUGAUCAUAGUAUAUAACGUUAUCUGUUAUGUUUAUGUUAUUCCUAAAAGUCGUAUGUGUAUUUUAAUACAUUUAUAAUAUUUGAAGAAUUAUAUUAAUUUCUGUGCAAAUGAUACCUACAAGCCUCUUUAGAUAAACUUUAAAUAAACUUUAUAUUAGCUAUUUUUAUAUAUUUUGUUAAAGUUAUGCUAAAUUAAAUGCUUUAGAAUACUUUCUAUCCUGUCACUUCUUUCAAAUAAUUACAAAGAAAUAAAUAAAAACAAAGAAAAAAAUAGUAUUUUGUAAUAUUUGUAGCAUUAGGUAUUAAUUAACUUGACUGAUAAAAUGUUCAAUUUCAGUCUAGAAUAUGGGAGAUGUAUUAUUGAUCAUGUACUGUAUUUGCAAAUAUCCAAUUAAAAUAGUUUUGUAAGUUAUAUUUUUUAUUGUUACUACUUUCUUAAUUAUAUUAAAUUAUUAUUUAUUAUAAUUAAAUUAAUUAUAUCAAGUUGUAUAUCAAACAUAUUUACAGUCUCUUGAGUGCACUUCUAUAUAUAACAUCAUUUGCGGUAUAUAUCCUAUUUUUAUAAAAAAGUACUAUAUUUUAUAAAUAUUUAUAUAUAUAUAAAUAUUUUAUAACUUGCGAUUACAAGAUUGUAUUCUAGAAGAUAUUAUAAAAGAAAAUAAAACGAAACUUUAAC